GAGCCCCAUACCCAUUUGAGGAAGGACACGGGCCAGCACCAUGAAACUCCUCAGUGGCUUUCUGUUGCUCUACCUCUUCACUGCUGGUGGAGAAUGCAUUUGGUUGGAGCCAGGAUCGGAGUUCUACAGCGCCGACUCCUGCAGAUACUCCUUCCGUGGAAGUGGGAACUGGAUUUACCUGUCCCCAAACUGCCUGCAUACAUUUGUUGUGGAAGACGAUGAGGUGGUCAGCCUUUACAUGAGUAACUCCUAUUCCUACUGUGGAGGAAAUGACACCAUGGUGGUUGUGUAUGAUGGAGAGAACAACCAGGCACCAAUCCUGGGCACCUACUCCUGCAGAUCUACCACAAACUUCAUUUCAACAAACUCCUCCCUGUCACUAUACUACAAGUAUUCUUCCAGCUCAUACUCUUAUAUCUACGUGUCAUUCUUUGCGUCCCCCGCUUCUUCUGGGUGUGGUGGGAGGCUCAGCGCUAAUCAGAUUGUGACAUCUCCAAACUAUCCAAACAACUACAGCAACAAUGCCAGCUGCACCUGGGAAGCAUAUGCCCCACCUGGAUACAAGAUUGCGCUCUACAUUUAUGAUUUUCAGGUCCUUGAUCAGCCAGGAAACACUCGCAGCGCCAGCAGAAGGUGCAAAUACGACGGCCUCACUGUUAUGGAUGAAUCUGAGGGCGAGAGCUCACUGCUAGUGCGCCUCUGUGGGUAUCUACCCCGCCAGUCUUUUCAAUCCACUGGCAACCUAAGCUUGCAGUUCUCCUCUGAUGGCACCGGGACCGGCAGAGGAUUUUACAUUUCAUUGGGGUACUUUGCGGACUCACCCAAUGCUAUCUGCGGAGGCAUCCUGGAAAGCUCACAUGGAAACCUCAGCUACAGUGGAUAUAAUGUGCAGAGUUGCAUUUGGAUAAUUAAAGUUCCAGAAGGGAGUACUGUCCAAAUCAACAUUUCUAUGUCCAGCCAAAGUUACAGCAACCUGGUGGUCUACGAUGGGGAGUCCGAACUGCAAUCAGUUAUUGCACAACAAUAUUCCUGGGGACAGUGGACAUCCUCUUCUUUCGCAUCAACUGGAAACAGCAUGCGUAUCUCCUUCUAUGGAACCUAUAUCUCAGCUGACUACGAUGCUGUAGUUAAAGACGUUUCAUUUGACUGUGAUUUCAAUGGAAACUUUUGUGGAUGGACACCCUCAUCUGGAGAUGUAAUUAAUUGGGACUUGUACAACACCAACUACUACAAUCCUUCUUCGGAUGGGGGACCUUUUGCUGCCAUCAGGACUUCAUAUCUCCCAGAUGAUGCCCCUGAAAUGAGCAGUUACCUAUUAGGACCUCAAAUUAUUCCAUCAAACAGCACUCGCUGCCUUCACUUGCAAUACAUGACUGGCAACAGUGUAAACCUGAGACUCUUGGAUGUGUCUGCCAUUGGCAGUGCUGUGGGAGACUCAGACAAUCCCAUCCCUGUGCUCUGGGAGCUCACUAUGUUUGAUAUACUUGACCAUUAUGGACAACAAUGGCAAGACGUGGCUAUUAAUAUUACAGCCAAUGUCACACAGGUAGCAUUUCAAGCACACAACUACAACCGUGGUGCUUUCAUUGGGAUUGACAAAGUCCAUAUUUCUGAAAACGCCUGUCAAAGUCCGCCAGAAGAAGAAUUGUGCGUUUUUGGUCUCGAGGGUGAGAACGGUACCAUUGAGUAUACAUUGGCUCCUCAGAACAGUGACGCUUCCUGCUUUUGGGAAAUAACUGCGCCUCUCGGGAAGGUCGUAAAAUUGCAACUUAACACGGAAGGAAACAACUAUCCUUACUGUUUUUCCAUUUUUGAAAUUAAAUAUGAUACAGUUAAACAGAUCAAUGCCAAUUACAGAGCUUAUGAACAGUAUACAUACUAUUCAUCCCAUAAUACACUGACUGUCAAAGUUCCAAACCGCUGCGUUGGGAAUCUGGUCAUUGGCCAGUUUACUGCAAUAAGUCCAAAUGACAUUCCUGGCUGCGGAGGAGUUUUGAAGAGUUCUUCGUAUGACUAUAUUUUAUCUCCAAACUACCCAAAUGAUUACAGCUACAACUCACACUGCGAAUGGAGCUUUGAUUUACAGGAUAAUUCGAAAAUUGCGUUGUACAGCUACGUAUAUGGAAUGCAGAAUUCCAUAAACUGUUCCGCAGACAGUUUGGAGAUUAAUGAUGUUAUAAAUGGAAGCCGCAUAUCCAUAUCUAAAUUAUGCCAAGGCUGGGAACCUGCAUUAAUUGUGUCUCGUGAGAGUAACAUUGUGUUCACAUCUGAUUGGCAGAACGAAGGCAUGUAUGGAUGGUUUUAUAUCUUCUUUAGAGUUUUUGCACCAUGCAGAGCCAACUUGACAGGAUGGCAAGGGUCAAUCGUAUCCCCCAAUCUCACGGACUAUGACUACAGCUGCAGUUGGAACAUCAACACCCCAGCCGGCACAAUCAUCAAACUCUCCUUUGAAGAACUGAACAUGUACUAUUACAGCACGGUCGACAUCUAUGAUGGAGAAUCUUUAGACGCCCCAUACGUGGGUCGCUUUAGUGGCUCCAUUGUUCCACCUCCGAUCCUAUCUACUGGGAAUUCCCUCUACAUACGCUAUUACAACCCUACUAACACACAGUCACCAUUUAAAAUCGCCUACGAAGCUAUGGAAGUCUACACAUCAGUGCUGGAGAACAACGCAGAGAGCAUUUCAUCAUUCGAUGUCACCUCACAAAGGCAGAACAUAUUCUUGUUCUCGUGGGAGCUGCUUGUACCGGAAGGGUUCAACGUCAAAGUCGACUUUUUUGACUUGCAACUCGAGGAUGACCCUCUCUGCUGGAAUGAGAGCCUCACUGUCUAUGAUGGAGUAAGAUCUCUGAACACCAGCCUGGGCAUCUUUUGCGGCUCGAGCAUUCCACUAUCCGUGCGAUCAAACUCCCCCAGCCUCCACCUGCUACUUCGUCUUCGUACAAACGAACCCUGGAAAGGAUUUACCUUCACUUUUUUCAGUGUUCCAAAGAUUGUUCCCAAAGUUAAAAAAGAGUGUGGCCGAGUUCCUACAAGAGGGAAGAGCCGCGUUGUGGGUGGAAGUCUUGCCAAUGUGGAAAAGUGGCCGUGGCAGGCAAGCCUCCAAUACUACAGUUCUCACAUGUGCGGAGCGAGUCUCAUCUCGAAGAACUGGCUCGUAUCUGCUGCGCACUGUUUUGAGGGAAGAAAAGACGUCAAUGCAUGGCAAGUGCGUCUGGGUGCCACAUACAUCUACGACAGCUGGAGCUCUGUGAAUUUGGCGGUAGCUGAGAUCAUCACUCAUGAGAGGUUCAACUACACAGCCAUAGACUAUGACAUUGCACUGGUGCGGUUGAGCCAGUCUGUGGAUUUCACGAGCCAAAUAUCCCCGAUCUGUCUGCCGCCGGACACCAGCCACUUCCCACUGCCUGGGAAGACCUGCUACAUCUCUGGAUGGGGACGAACCUCCGAGGCUGAUUAUGGAGUAUAUUAUAAUCUGCUUGAUGCUCCAAUGGACGUGUUCAGCCACAGUGGCUGCUCAUCAGACAAGAUGAAUGGGAAGUCAAUCACAACAAGGAUGAUCUGCAUUGGACAUCCUGCUGGAGGCAUAAGCGCAUGCCAAGGAGAUUCCGGGGGCCCACUCACCUGCCAGGGCACGGAUGGGACCUGGUAUUUGAGCGGCGUCACCAGCUGGGGCAAUGGGUGUGCACGGCCCAUGAAACCUGCCGUCUACACCAAGACGAGCAAGUUCCUGAAUUGGAUCAAGCAGUACACAGGCCUGUGAGGCUCAGUUUUCAUUGUUGUAUUUUUAACAAGUCUCCAAUACAGUCAGAAAUAAAUAAGAGUUAUGUGUACAUUCAUUUGAAAUUACUAUCUGAUAAUACCAUUGGGUAACAAAACAUUGUUCACAUUUAUGGCAUUGUACACAAUAUUUGAAUAAUUACACUAAGUUUUGAACCACCACAUUGAGGUAAUGAAACCCUUCCAGGUAUAGGCUCUCCUGUACUCAUUUUUAAGACUGCAGAUAGUUGAACCUAUCACAGUGCAUUGCAAUGGAAUACAAUAUGAAUUUGGAAAGCAUCUGUGAUUGCAUUGAAUAUGCCGUGAAAGACGUAUGCAGAAUAAAAUAAUGAGGAAUAGGUGUUUGUUAGGUUAACAAAAUGUUUAUGCAAUGACUGAUUUAAGAACAAUUAUUAACAAUGAUUUACAAGCCACUUAAAUGAAUGUACAAUGGAUAAUGGCAAAAUAAAUUUCCUACUUUUCUAUUUGGCCUGUAUGGAAUACAUUUGAAACAACAUUGCUGUACAUGAGAGAUGCUAGGUGAAUACAUUUUCUGUGUUGGUGUAAAGAAGGUUGGAGUAACAUUCCUAUGAAAUAAUAUCUAAAAAUGGGCAUUAGUUCAAUAAACUGAACUAAGUGGAUCGAAAACUACAGGAUACAUGACUAAGCAUCAAUACAUGGUUUUAGACAUUUUAAUGGUGGUGAUAUGGUUGGUAAUGAUGACGUCCACAAUUCUUGACCUAUUGAGAUUGAUAUAAUACACACGUUAGAUAUAAGGAUGAGGAGCUAAAUGGAAACCCAGAUGGUUAUUUAAUCAGAUUAUUUCAUUUUAUGGAGGGACAUGGGGUAUUGUUUUAUUCUUUAUAAUUAGUAGCAACUGGUAUGUGUGUCAAUAUAUAUGCUUCGUAUGUAUGUUUGAAUUCUUUUUCACUGUACAUAGCUAAUCAUGCUAAUCGGCGAUGCUUUGUAAGCUUACUAUAAAUACACAUGAGAAUAGAACAUUGUAGAAGCCAAACAACUACAUGAGCAAGCUGGGUUUAAAAAAAUGGGUAUCUAAAAUAAAUCACAUACAUACUAUCAGAUUCUGGAAAAUGUAAAUGAAUAUCAAAAACCAUUAUGACUAACCUUUGUAGACUAUGCAAAUGUGUUGGACUUCAUGGGAGUUAUUGUAUAAAUCCAAGUUCUUACAAAAUAAGCCCAAAAUAAAUCAAUAAAAGCUUUAAAAACGUUACACUGUUUGCAAAAAUUAAAGAGCUAUAAUAUACAUAGAAGCGAAGUGAGAUAAGGAUAAAAAUCCACAAACAUAAAUCCGCAAACAUAAACAGAUAAUAUUAAUAAUCUCAGAUUUGCUGACAGUAAUUAUGCAAACCAAAAGACUACUGAAAGAGAAUUAUAAAAGACGUGAAUAAGAAGGCUGUAAAAUGGGGCUGAAGAACAAUACGAGUAAAACAAGUGAUGUAACAAUACAUUUGCUGAACAAUUGACUAUAUGUCGGAGGGUCACAACUAAGAGGCAGACGAGAGUAGAUUGGAGUAAUUUUGGGAAAACUAAUUUAAUAUUGAGCAGCACCAUAAGUGCCUUAUAGAAGAGACUUUAUUCAUGAGCGGAUAUUAUUUGGACAUCAUAAACAUUGACAAUGAUGAAGAGAUUUGAAAAAAGCUGAAAAUGCGCAACGAAGCAUGGAGAGGUGCAUGCUUGAAAUUAAACUGAAAGUAAAAGGAACAUUGAUUUGAAAACAAAUGAAUGUCGAAUUGACUCUUAACAAAAAAUAAGUGGGCUUGGACAGGGAACGUCGCUAGACUCCGAUUAGCACUGUUGACUACGUACGGUCCGAAAUAAGUUCAACAUGCGUACUAUAUACAGUCUGGCAGCCAUAUGAAGUGAUAUGACCUCCAGAAAAUCCACUGCAAAAAUGAAGCAAUAAAAUCGGCUCGUGGUGUGCAAGUUCUGGGCCUAAUUUUUCAUUGCAGGACAAUGAUGGAUGGCUUGGAGAGGCCUUCAUUCAGCAGUGGCUUGAUAAUUGAUAACCGUGACUUAUUCAUAUUCUUUGGUUCUUUCGGUAAAGUCACCGUGACCUUUUAAUUCUGUUUUACAAAUGUUUUCUUUAUAAUUUCUGGUGUGAUAAUCAGUGUCAUGUAAUGGGUUGAUAUUCAUUUCAAUAAACGAAUUCUACAA